AUGAAAUCAAGCAAAAGAAACAUUUACUCUUUCAAGUUCAAAGAUCCCGAUCUAAGGAGCUUACGUGAUUUGGUCUCUCAGAUGCACCCAGUAUACAGAAUCAACUUUGGGAAGAAUUAUGGCAAUCUGCUCAGCAUCCUCAACCAACGAGUAGACUAUAUAGCUUUAAUCACUUUGGCCCAAUUCUAUGACCUACCUUUAAGAUGCUUCACAUUCCAAGACUUCCAGCUAGCACCAACAUUGGAAGAAUUCGAGCAUCUUGUUAGGAUUCCUAUGAAGAGCAAACCACAAUUUGAAGGGAUAGAUGAAUCUUUGCCCCUUGAGAUCAUUUCUAGCACGCUUCACAUGGAUGAAAAGGAAGCAGAGGCUAACCUAGAGACUAAAGGGAAUACCAAAGGAUUUUCGCUAAGUUUUCUCUUGGAGGGAGCUCAUACCCUACUAAAAGCAAAAAGUUGGGAUGCUUGUUACUCUACUAUUGCAUUGACCAUCUAUGGCGCCGUCCUGUUCCCGAAUAUGGAUGGUUUUGUAGACAUGGCUGCUAUUUGUGUUUUCCUUACUGGAAACCCAGUACCUACCUUGUUAGCUGAUGUUUACUAUUACAUAAGCCAUAGGUACAUUAAGAAGAAGGGAAUGAUUGCUUGUUGUGCUCCUUUAUUAAAUCAGUGGUUUCUAGAACAUCUUCUGAAGACAGGUGCUUGGGUUGAACAGACAGAUGUUAGUUGGCCUCAGAGAUUGGGAUCACUCCGAUCUGAAGAUCUUUCUUGGUAUUCCAAAGAAUACAUCAACAUGGACAUCAUAUUCAGCUGUGGGGACUUCCCUAAUCUACCACUUAUUGAAACUCAAGGAUGUGUGAAUGCUAACCCGAUUUUAUCACCCAGACAACUCGGCUACCUAAUGGAAGGCCCUCCAGAGGCGAGGUCUUUGGAAUCUUUCUUGUUACUUGACUUUGGGAUUGAGAAUCCUAGCUUGUUCCAACGAAUCAAAGAGGCUUGGAAGAAUGUCAAUCGAAAAGGGAAAGUUGAUUUAGGGAGAGCAAAUGUGAUUACAAAAGAACCAUAUUUUCAGUGGGAGCGAGACUAUGUGAUUGAAGAUUAUGAAUCCUUUAAGAAGACCAUAGACUUCUUGCAAGGAGAUAGGGAUAAGUUCCGUGCAAAGCUCGAUGGGCUAGUGGGGUUUUGUAAUUGGGCAGCUAAAGAAUUACCAUGGAAGUUAAGAGACGCAGUCGAAGAAUUGAAGGAAGAUAGCACUCCUCCAGGCAUAAUCAGUUUCAUUCUACUCUAUAGAGGGUUGCUGAAGAGAUUCAAGGAGGAAUUAGAAGAGCUUCAAGCAGAAAGCCUGCAGUUUAAUUUUCUUAUAUCUUAUAUUUUGUUCCUUUAA